AGCCGCGCCCGCGCGGCGGAGGAAGCUCCCCUCUUCUGAUAGGUGAAGUCGCGUUGAGUGACAGCUUGGUCCCGCCUUCUCCUUCGGCCUGGACAUGCGGGCUCCGGUGACAACGCGGUCCCCUCUUCCCCUUUCCGGCUGGACCCCCUGCAGCCCCGCCGCAGGAUUCGAACCCGGAUCCUCAGCAGUUGGAAAUCCAGUUCUUCGCGACCUGGAGAUGAACUGCGGCCCUCUGCACUUGUCUAUGGCGGCCUGCGGCUUCCUGGGCGUCUGGCACCUGGGAGUGGCCCAGGCCCUAAGCACCCACAGCCCCAGGCUGUUGCGGGCCCUGCGGGGCUACGCGGGGGCCUCGGCCGGGGCGCUGGCGGCCGCCCUGCUGCUCACCGCGCCCCACCGGAUACAGGCCGGCGCCGACUUCGCCUUCGCCCUGGCCGAGGAGACUCGCGCUCAAGUGCUCGGCGCUGCCACCCCCGGCUACGACUUCCUGGGCCGGCUCAGGCGCGGGAUCGAAUCCCUGUUCCCGCCUGACGCCCACCUCCAGGCCGAGCACCGCCUGCUCGUCUCCCUCACCCACGCCCGCUCCCGAGCCAACUACAGGGUGUCCACCUUCGCUUCCAGAGAGGACCUGGUCCAGGUGCUCCUGGCCAGCUGCUUUGUCCCCGUCUACGCCGGCCUGAAGCCCGUGCGUCACCAGGGGCAGCCCUGGGUGGACGGCGUCUUCUCCGACGGCCUCCCCGUCUUCCCAUCAGGCCGCACACUCACCGCGUCCCCGUUCUGCGGGAGGACGGACAUAGGCCCCCAGGAUGGAGGCCGGCGGGUCCCACCCGUCAACAUCGCUAGGCAGGAAGUGGAGCUGUCUAUGGCGAACCUGGUCCGCCUGCGCUUCGCCCUUUUCCCUCCCGCCCGGGGUAGCAUGGAGGCCUUAUACCAGGCUGGCUUCCAGGAUGCCCUGCGCUUCCUGCGGAAGGAGGACUGGUUGGAAUGAAGACGCCGGGAAGUGUGCGAGACUUCGGUGGCUGCUGGAAUGAGACUUCCGGUGGCUGCUUUAAGACUUCCGGUGGUUGCUGGGAUGGCACU